AUGGCACGGCAACGCUGCAGCUUGACAGCCCUCACCGUUCUCGUGUUCGCGUUGUCUUUUCAUUCCGUAACGCGCUCAUCGGCGACCGAAAAUUACGAUGUGCUCUUUUACUCCGCGGGACCCUACACCCCGUGCGGCACGUCGGGUAACUUCUCCGCGGUCGGCGUGCAAGGCGCAUUAGAGCCGUACAAGGGAGAGGCGGCGUCGCCUAAAGGACAAGCGGUAUCGGGGCGAGUGACCGUUUACGAUGACUGCUACUUCGCGCUCUCAGAUCUCAGCAUCAGCGCGUCCGUCGACGCGCCGCUGUCCAUCUGGGCGGGCCCCAAGGACGUCGACCCCUACUCGCACGCCGCACCCGUCGACCCCUACGCCGCCUCCUCCUUCCCUGCCUCCCCCGCCGCUGCCUUCGCACCGGCCAGCACCGCAUUCAACCUCACGGCAACGUCGCUGAUGGCGGUGUUCCUGCAGGCGGGCGGGCUCACCUGGGACGAGGCGCAGGUGCUCUACCUCUGCGCGGGGUCCGCCUCCGCGGGGAUCACGCGGAUCUACGCGCAGUUCGCUGUGGGCGGGCGGGAGCACGCGGGCCCGCACGGCAAGACUGUGCGGUGGGUGCGGAAGGCGGUGGGGGCGGCCGCUAAGGAGCAGCGCCUGCUCUUGCCUUCGCCCCCCGCGCGCCCGCCCCCUCCGCCCCCCAAGCCACCUGCGCCGGGCAGCAGCGGGCCUUCCGUCGGGCUGACCAACUGCGUGGAGGCGGUGCCGGGGCGGCUGAACAUAUACUGGACCGUGCAUCACGGCGACGCGGACGCAGGUGCCGCGGGACCGCCGCGAGACGUCUCCGCAGUCACCGGGUCCGCCACCGCGCCCGCCAGCACCAGCGCUGGCAGCGGCGCCGGCGCCGGCGGCGCGGGGAAGGGGCCGGUGGUGGAGAUGGGGAUGGAGGCGCGCGUGGGCGAGGGGUCGUGGGUGGCGGUGGGCGUGUCGCGCAACCAGACGCGCUUCGCCAUGCUGCAGAGCGACGUGACGGUGGGCGGCGUGCUGGCGGGCAGCGGAGGGGUCUUUGCGCGCGACUACCACGUCACCGCCAAGCAGACGUGCCAGCAGGUCGCGGGCGGCUUCGUCGGCGUGUGUGAGGACGCGCUGCUGGGCUCCUCCCCCACGUCCCUCAACGACGUCACCCUCGUCUCCGCCUCGCGCCGCGCUGACGUCACCUUCAUCCGCUUCACCAAGCCCGCCGCCACGGCGGACGACCGCUUCGACGCCAACCUGCUGCGCGCGCCGGGCCUCUCCGCGCUCUGGUGGGUCGUCUUCGCCGCGGGCCCGCUCGCCCCCGCGUCCACCGCCGCCGCGCCCACGCUGCUCUUCCACGACCCCGCGCUGGGCUACUUCUCUGGCGGCACGCGCAUCCCCUUCGCGCCGCCCGCGCCCAUCCGCACCUGCUCCCCGCUCUGGGGCACCAAGCCCGAGUACCACCCCCCGCUCCCCCCGUACGCGCCUCCGCCUCCGCCCGGCGCCGCUGCCCCGCCCCCGCCUGGCGCGGACGCGGCGGGGGGCGUGGCGGGGAUGCCGGGGCUGCGCGAGUGCAGCACGGCGGUGGGCGGACAGGUGUACGCGUUCGACGCGUGUGACGCGCUGCCCGGGGGCUUCCUGCUCAUGUGGUCGCUGGCGGGCAUCACGCUGCGCGCCGCGUUCGUCGCGCAGGCCGUGCCCGACGGCGGGUACGCCGCCGUGGGCCUCUCGCCGUCCGGCGCCGUCGCCAACUCGAGCCUCCUCGUCGUCUCGUACGCGCAGGCGGCGCGGGGUGGGAGUGGCGGGAAGGCCGCGGGCGCGGGGGAAGCAGCGGGCGGGGCGGAGGUGGAGGUGGGGCAGGUGGUGGUGCGCGCGGGUGCGCGGGGCGUGGGCGUGGAGGCGGUGGCGGGGGGCGAUCUGACGGUGGUGAGCAGCGUGGGGCAGGCGCGGAACGGCGCACUGACGCUGCUCUUCUCGCUGCUGCUGCUGCCCAACCAGACGGCCGCCGCGUACCUCGUGUGGACCAAGGGCCAGCGCGCGCACCUCUCCCUGCCUGCUGCAGCUGCGGCCAACGAGACGGGGGGGGUGCUGUCGCUGGAUGGGCUGGACGCGCUGAUGACGUCAGCCAUCAGCUUCGAACGCGGCGAGCCGAAAGACGACUCCAACGACACCAUCCGCCUCUGGAAGGUGCUCCCCCUCAUCCCCCACUUCGGCUCCCUCCCUCCUCGUGCCAUCAUCACGGUGGCGUGGGCGUUCCUGAUGCCGCUGGGCGUGAUGGCAGCGCGCUACCUGCGGCAGGUGUACGCGCGCUGGUUCCCCGUGCACCAGGCGCUGCACCUCGCUGCUGCCUCGCUGGCCACCGUGGCAUUCACCAUGGCGCUCACCAUGCCGCACGGCGCCAUCCAGGGCCGCGCUGACAAGGCGUCACGAGGGGCGUGCGUGGUGGCGCACACGGCUAUGGGCAUCUCGCUCAUGGUCAUUGCAGCGCUGCAGGUGGGGUGGGGGGCGUGCGUGGUGGCACAUACGGCCAUGGGCAUCACACUCAUGGUCAUCACUGCACUGCAGGUGAGCUGGAGGUCUCUGGCUUUGUGCUGCUGUGCUGCGGGUGGGCAUGUGGCUGUAACACCUCUCUCUCCCGGCUGUCUGCACCUGCUUCCGCCCCUCUCUUUCUCGCCGCCUCCUCAUCGCCCUCCCUCACUCCCCUUCUCGUUUCCAUCCAUCCCCAGUCCCUCUUCACUCACGUGCACCCGCCCUCCCCCACCCCUGUGUGCGCAGCUGUCAGCGCUGGUGUGGCGGCCACACGAGGACAGCAAGUGGCGGCCGUACUGGCGGCGCGUGCACGCCGUGGGAGGCGCAGUGGCGCUGCUGCUGGGGCAGGCGCAGCUACUCGUUGGCCUAUUCAUCUCAGCCGCCCCUCUAUUUUACACGGUGCUGCUGGCCGCCUGGCUCAUCUUCGCCCUCCUCCUCACCACAGCCCUCGAGCUCCACUUCUUCCCCACCUUCUACCGCCUCGCCCACUUCUGGGACCGCCUUCUGGGUCGCGAUGCUGACGUGGCGUCUGACGUGGACAGCCUGUGCGCGUCCAGUGAGAGGCUGGCGGGCGGCGCGGGUAGAAAGGGGGCGGCGGCGGAGGGGACGGGUGGCGAUGGGGGGAAGGGUGCGGCGGGGGGUUGGGUGGCGGGAGUGGUGGCGGUGCUGCGGCGCAGCAGGGGCGCCGGAAUGCUGCCUGAACGGCCCAGGGGGCGAGGGAGGACGGCCAAAGGGGGGAAAGGUGAGGGGAGGCAAAGGGGGAGAGGAGGGGGUGCGGGAGGGGGUGCGGGAGGGGGAGGGGGGGCGAGUGAGAGGGCGGGGAGGGGGGGCAGCGUGGGAGCGGGGCACAGCGGGUACAUGAGCAUGGCGGGCGCCAAUGCUGCCACCGACCGCCGCUCCAAGGAGCUGCUGCCCCCCCCGCCACCCGCGCCUCCCCCCGCCUUGCCAGCCCUGCCGCACUCCCACGCACCCGCACCCACCCCCGCUGGUGGUGCCGCUGGUGGUGCCGGCGGGGUUGGCACAGAGGGGGCAGGAGAGGUAGGGGGGAGAGCGAAGGGAGUGGAGGCAAGGGGGAAGGCGUUUGGGCAAAGCCAGACGGUGGCAGAGGGGGGUUGCAGGGAGGGUGCCGGAGCACAAGACCAUGGGGCUGCUGCUGCUGCUGCUGCUUCCACUGGAGCUGGUGCUGCUGCUGCUGCUGGUACAGGUGGUGGUGGUGGUAGUAGUUCAGCGGCCAGCACCCAGUCACGAGGUGUGUGGGCGGGUGGGAUGGCAGCUUGGAAAGCGGAGGAGGCAGCGAGAGAGAGAAGGGGAGAGGGAGUGAGGGAGGGAGUGAGGGAAGGAGUGAGUGAGUACAUUCGCACGGACAAGUACAACGUGCGGGCCACAGUGGUGAGGGCGCCAGACCUUGCUCUCAGAGGGAGAGCGGGCCGGCAAGGGGAGGCAGGUGCAGCAGCAGGGGUGGGUCCGGGCAGCACUGUGGGCAACGUGGGUGGGCCAACGCAAUAA